GAGAGAGAGACACAGAGAGACAGAGAGGGGGAGGGAGAGAAAUGUUUUUCUGGGGAAGUAAAUUUCAUUCUAUUAAGCCAAUAUGACACAGAAGAGGAGUUAGGAACUUGAGACCUUAGCACCAACAGAAACAUGAGUGAUCUUCGGUAUACUGAACUUUAAAAAGGGAAUAGAUCUGAGCAGCAAAAAAGGAAGUGCUGUGCAGAUUUGCAGAAGCAUGAAAAAUAGAACUGAAUGUUCAAAGAAAAGUGUGGUAUAAAACCUAGGUGUGAGCCAUAGGGAAACAUAUAAAAGUCGGCCAGUUCUGAACUUUGUGCCUUGGGAGAACUACAUCAGCUGAAAGACUGAAAUGUUGAAAAUGAAGAACUAACAGUUAGUGGGGGAAUACUGUUUACUCGUAUACAGCAAUGAGAACUGUCUGUGAAAAGAUGCAAAUUAAGAAAUCCUAGGGGAGAAGCAGUCAGAAUCUGAAAGAUUGCAAGUGCAUUGGGUACCUCUGGAGGCUGUAAUUGACAUUUCAAGUGAAUGGUUAUACUGUCAUCAACUGAGUGAAUUUAGGUGCUUUUUCUUUUAGGACAUUCAUGGAUUUCAAGUUUCAUUAUUCACUGUUCGGAAGUCUGUAUUUUUUAAUAUAAAUGUCCUUUCCUUGGUCUUAAACCCUUUUUGCUCUCUUAAUUCCCUAUUCAAGGGCAAGUGCCAGAAUAUCUGGACGCAGGAAAAUUCCAGAGUUUGGAAAAGAAGGAUGUCCAACUAAUUUGCCUAUCACACAGAUCCUUAUUGCAGGAGUGAUUUUUUUUUUAAUUUGUGUUUGGCAGGACAUCUUUCCUUUAACUGAAUUUUCCUAAUGGAGGUAAUCCGGCGCUCUUCAAUCUUUGCUGCUGAGGUCAUGGAGGUUUUUGACCGUUGUCCCACUGACAAGGAAUUGGUAUCACAGUCCAAAGCAUUAUGUCGUGAUUACAUCCACACUAGGCUCAGUCGUGUUGGCCUGGGCUGGAACAGACAUGUCAGUUUACAAACAAGUGGAGGCAAACUGGCAGAGGCAUCCGCAGUCCUGUUACGUUUAGGGGAUGAGUUGGAAUAUAUCCGACCAAACGUGUACCAAAACAUUGCCAGACAGCUGAACAUCACAUUGAAUUCAGAGACAGUGGUGACCGACGCCUUCCUAGCAGUUGCUGCAGAAGUCUUUUCAGCAGGUAUAACAUGGGGAAAGGUGGUAUCUCUGUAUGCAGUGGCUGCUGGCUUAGCAGUAGACUGUGUGAAGAUGGGUCAGCCAGCUAUGGUGCACUCUAUUGUCGAUUGUCUUGGAGAAUUUGUCCGCAAAAGCCUUGUCACAUGGCUCAAGAGAAGGGGUGGAUGGACUGAUAUCACCAAGUGCGUUAUCAGCAAAGAUCCUAACCAGCAGUCCCACUGGCUAAUAACCGCCUUCUGCACCUGUAGUCAUUUUCUCAAGGCCACCUUAACAUAUGUGCUUCGGGAAAGAUGAAUUUGCAGUUUUCUCGGUAACCUUCAGACUUACUUGUUUCACUUUCAGAUACUGUGAAAUGAUUAUUCUUUUUUAAAGAAAUACACACCCCAAAGAAAAUGUGAACUGUGAUAUGCUAAGCAGGAGUUGCAAGGUUCCUCCAGAUGGAAUUAAUGGUGUCUACUUUGCUUCUUUCAGAUGAAGCAGGCUGUAUCACUAGCUCUUGGGGUAAAGUAAAUGUUACAAAACUGCCAUACACAACAGUAUAUUAAAGACAUUUGACUUAUAAGAUAGAAGGAAUACAGGAAAAGUUCAUAUGUCUAAACUACAGGAGAUGGACGUGUUUCUGCAGUAUUGUGGAAAUCCAGACUGGAAUGAUUUCAAAACUGCGUACAAUUAAAGACCAAAGUAAUAGCUCACAGCUUUUAAUUUUCACUGGGAUAAAUUAUGGAAGAAAGAGGUUAUAGUACAGAAAACAUGAUCUCAGUUCCAUUGACAAUGGCAAAGGAAAUGCUAUAUAUCUGUGAAAGUGUGCAUUCUCAGGUGGAUCCUAUACGGUACUACAGAAUUCAUUUGAAUACAAAUGACAGUCAAUGUAACAGUUGCUAUUCUAGCUAAUGUGUGAAAAAAAUAUUAAAGUAUUUUGGCAUCUGUUCAGAACUAAAAGAGGUAAAAAAGGAAUCAUUUUUAUUUUUCAUAUAAAACAGCUAAUUCCGAGAAGUAAUGGUGUUUCAUUUAACUCUCUCCAGUUCAAUCCUCAGCUGUGGUGCCUUCUGUGCAGAGUCUGCAUGUCCUCCCUGUGGUCGUGUGGGUUUUC